UGGCUUAUUGUCGGCUACGUGUCCGGAAGACAUCUUACUUCCACGCUGGCUCUGUUUCGUUGCAGAGAAAUACAUAUCUAAGUGUGAACGAUCUGUCGAGUAAAGGCAGUACUGAAAUCCCGUUAGGGUCAAGAAUUCUUCCUAUGAUUUAGGCAAAAUGUUGACAAAAUUUGAAACUAAGUCGGCAAGAGUGAAAGGUCUCUCCUUUCACCCGAAGAGGCCAUGGAUUUUGGCAAGUCUACACAAUGGAGUCAUCCAACUUUGGGAUUAUCGAAUGUGUACUUUGAUUGACAAGUUUGAUGAACACGAUGGUCCAGUGCGUGGUAUCUGUUUCCACAACCAACAGCCGCUGUUCGUGUCCGGUGGUGAUGACUAUAAGAUCAAGGUUUGGAACUACAAACAAAGGCGAUGUUUGUUCACGCUGCUGGGGCAUCUGGACUACAUCAGAACAACAGUGUUUCACCAUGAGUACCCAUGGAUUCUUAGUUCAUCAGAUGAUCAGACGAUCCGCAUUUGGAACUGGCAGUCCAGGAAUUGUGUUUCAGUGCUGACAGGUCACAGUCACUAUGUGAUGUGUGCACAGUUCCACUGCUCCGAGGACAUGGUGGUGUCGGCAUCCCUGGACCAGACUGUCAGGGUCUGGGAUAUCUCCGGACUUCGUAAGAAGAAUGUAUCUCCAGGACCUGGUGGAAUAGAAGAGCGAAUUCGCAACCCAGGUCAGACCGACUUGUUCGGAACAUCUGAUGCCAUCGUGAAACACGUCCUUGAGGGCCAUGACCGUGGGGUCAACUGGGCGGCCUUCCACCCAACCCUGCCCCUCAUUGUGUCGGGGGCCGAUGACAGGCAGAUCAAGCUCUGGAGAAUGAAUGAUUCCAAGGCGUGGGAAGUGGACACUUGCCGUGGUCACUACAACAACGUGUCCUGUGUGUUGUUCCACCCCCGACAGGAGCUGAUUCUCAGCAACUCGGAGGACAAGAGUAUUCGCGUGUGGGACAUGAGCAAGAGAACUGGUGUCCAGACCUUCCGCCGGGAGCAUGACCGGUUCUGGGUGAUGUCGGCACAUCCCACUCUCAACCUGUUCGCGGCAGGACACGACAGCGGGAUGAUCAUCUACAAGCUGGAGAGAGAACGCCCGGCCUACGCUGUUCAUCAGAACAUCCUGUACUAUGUAAAGGAGCGAUACCUCCGCAAACUGGACUUCACCACGUCCAAGGACGUCCCUGUCAUGCAGCUGAGAGGUGGCUCCCGAACUCCAGUGUACAGCAUGUCGUACAACCCCGCAGAAAAUGGUGUUCUGCUCUGCACAAGAACCAGUAACGUUGAGAACUCGACUUACGACUUGUACGCCAUUCCCAAGGAUUCGGACUCUCAGAACCCAGAUUCCCCAGAAGGGAAGCGGUCGUCUGGUCUGACAGCUGUGUGGGUGGCACGGAACAGAUUCGCUGUCCUCGACAGAACGCAUUCGAUUAUCAUCAAGAAUCUGAAGAACGAGAUCACCAAGAAGGUUCAGGCCCCCAACUGUGAGGACAUCUUCUACGCUGGCACUGGCUGUCUGCUACUCAAGGACAAUGACUCUGUCACACUCUUUGAUGUGCAGCAGAAGAGAACCCUGGCCACACAGAAGAUCUCCAAGGUGAAGUACGUCGUGUGGGCUAACGACAUGUCGACAGUGGCCCUGUUCAGCAAGCACGUGAUCUCCAUCUGCAACCGGAAGCUGGAGAAUCUGUGCACGAUACACGAGAAUAUCCGUGUCAAGAGUGGAGCCUGGGACGAGAGCGGUGUCUUCGUCUACACCACCAGCAACCACAUCAAAUACGCACUCACCAAUGGAGACCACGGCAUCAUCCGCACCCUGGACCUGCCGAUAUACAUCACCCGCAUCAAGGGCAACAACGUCUACUGUCUGGACCGAGAGUCUCGCCCACGUGUGCUGCAGGUCGACCCCACAGAGUUCAAGUUCAAACUGGCUCUCGUCAACAGGAAAUAUGAAGAGGUGUUGCACAUGGUGCGCAAUGCCAAACUGGUGGGUCAGUCUAUCAUCUCCUACCUCCAGAAGAAGGGCUACCCCGAGGUCGCUCUGCACUUUGUCAAGGAUGAGAAGACUCGAUUUGGCCUGGCCCUGGAGUGUGGCAACAUUGAAAUCGCCCUGGAGGCUGCCCGUGCACUUGACGACCCCAUCUGCUGGGAGAAACUGGGCGAGGCCGCCCUGUUGCAGGGCAAUCACCAGGUGGUGGAGAUGGCGUAUCAGCGAACCAAGAACUUCGACAAGCUCUCCUUCCUCUACCUUAUCACUGGCAACCUGGACAAGCUGCGCAAGAUGAUGAAGAUUGCUGAGAUUCGCAAGGACACAAGUGGACACUUCCAGACAGCUCUGUUGCUAGGAGACGUGAACGAGAGAGUCCGGAUCCUCAAGGGAGUGGGACAGAAGUCGCUGGCCUACCUGACUGCCGAGACCCACGGCAUGUCCGAGGAGGCGGAGCUCAUCAAGGAGAGUUUUGGCGAGAACGAUCGUGUCCCUGACCUGUACCCCAGCGCCAGGCUCCUCCAGCCCCCACCUCCCAUCAUGCAACAGGAGAGCAACUGGCCACUACUGACCGUGUCCAAAGGAUUCUUUGAGGGAGCAAUGGCAUCCCGAGGCAAACCAUCAGGUCUGGCUGCAGCAGCGGCUGACAUCGAGGAUGGUGCUGGAGAAGGAUGGGGAGAAGAUGCAGAGCUGGUGUUGGAUGAAGAGGGAGGAUUCGGAGCCGGCGGAGGGUUUGAUGAUGAGGAUCUUGUUGGUGGGGAAGGGGAAGGUGGUGGCUGGGAUGUUGGUGACGACGACCUGGAUCUGCCACCCGAUCUGGAUGUCGGCCCCACCCCAUCAGGAGAGGAAGGCUACUUCGUGCCCCCGACCAAGGGUACCAGUCAGACACAGGUGUGGUGCAACAAUUCCCAGCUGCCAGUGGACCAUCUGCUGGCCGGGUCCUUCGAGACAGCCAUGAGGCUGCUGCAUGACCAGGUGGGCGUGGUCAACUUUGACCGCUACAAGCAGCUGUUCCUGCAGACGUACGCCCGUUCACGAACAGCAUACCUUGGGCUGCCAUCUAUUCCACCUCUCUUCAGCUACCCACACCGAAACUGGAAGGAGUCUGGAGCUCGGAACGGUGUCCCUGCCGUGGGGCUGAGGCUGAACAUGCUGGUGCAGCAGCUCCAGGCCGCCUACCAGCUCACGACCACCGGGAAGUUUGCCGACGCGUGUGAGAAGUUCCGCUCGAUCCUCCUCAGUGUGCCACUGCUGGUUGUGGACAACAAACAGGAGAUUGCUGAGGCCCAGCAGCUUAUUGAGAUCUGCCGUGAGUACAUCGUAGGCCUGUCCCUCGAGGCGAAGAGGAAGGAGAUGCCAAAGUCCAACCUUGAGGAACAGAAGCGAAUCUGUGAGAUGGCAGCCUACUUCACCCACUGCAGCCUCCAGCCAGUCCACCUCAUCCUCACACUCAGGACGGCGCUCAAUCUCUUCUUCAAACUCAAGAACUACAAAACAGCUGCAUCAUUUGCUCGGCGCCUCCUGGAACUCGGACCCAAACCCGAUGUUGCAACCCAGACCCGGAAGAUCCUGGCUGCAUGUGAGAAGAACCCUGUAGAUGAGCACGAGUUGAAGUACGACCAGCACAACCCCUUCGACAUCUGUGGGGCCACAUUCGUCCCCAUCUACAGAGGCAAGCCUGUCGUCAAGUGUCCUCUCAGUGGAGCCUGCUACAUGCCGGAGUUCAAGGGUCAAGUCUGCAGUGUCACACAGGUGACUGAGAUCGGCAAAGACUGUAUAGGACUGAGAAUAAGCCCCAUUCAGUUCCGUUAGACGACCAACUGUCCAGGCUGUGACCAUUCAGUUCCGUUAGACGACCAACUGUCCAGGCUGUGACCAUUGCCUACUGAAUGUGGUAGAGACAAUAUGUGUUGAAGUGUCACCUCACUGUGAUCGCUGUGCUGCAGAUGAUGUGAACUGCUGCUACUGACGUCUUCAGUGUUGCUGUCAGCUGCAUGUCCCAGCUUGAUGUGAUUCUCCUUGAAUGGACAUUCCAACAGAGGCCGACAUGUAUUGAAAAUAUUGGGAGAAUUAAUUAUCAACACUCACAUGUUGUUCCGAGAACUUGCUUCAUUUCCAAUGUUCUGUGUAGAAAAGUGUAAUUUUUCAGCAGAUUUGAUGGACGUUGUGUAUUUUGAAUGCAUAUUACAUUAACAUUUUCAGGGGAAACCCCCCAAAAGGAUGAAUUGCUUGAAGACCGACCGUGAGUGUCAUGGAAAACAGCUCAGGUUACCCCUCUCCACUGACUGUUAUCACUUUGCCUUCUUCGGCUUGUUCAAAAAGUCACAACUGGAUAUGUUUUAUAUUGGAAAUUACAUGCUGUUAAAAAUGCCAUCUUUGUCUUUGAAGUAGAUUAAUUCACACAUUCAUCCAACUUUCUUAUUGAUGGUAGCAAUUAACCAAGAAUGGGACCCACAGUUGACAUUAAGGAUAAAACUGAUAACAGCAGCUAGCUAACAUGAGACCGUGGUCGGCCUUGAAGUAGAAGUCAGUGUUGGUCACCUGUCUUCACAGGAAACAAUGUAGUUAUUUCACUUAUGAUAAACUACUAUUUAUAUAUAUUUCAUCAUGAAUGUUGACGACUUUGUUAUGUGGGAAUAAAUGCCAUACUUAAAAA